ACUAUUCACCGACCUCAACUAAUGAGACGACCAUAUUCCUCACCCACAGCGGGCCAAGCUCCUGUUCUCAUCACAAUAUCGUCUGACAAAACUGUAGCGGAACCAAUGAAUCUUAAUUUUGCUCCGUCUGGGCUACUCUCUGCUAUGUCUAUUCCUAUUACUGCACGUGGGCUUGGCUCCUUGGCAGUUCGAGCAAUUUCUGGCAAGGAGACUCAACAUGCUGCCUUUGUUGCUUUUUACCCUCGCCGUUUACUUGAGCAAGUCGAACCAGCUUCGCUCUCAUCUACGUCAUCGUCACGUUCCACUUCUCCCAGUCGGCGAGCCAAAAAACAUAACCAAGCGUCGCUGCUACGAGAAAUGCGCCGGGUACGAGCAGAAAACGAGAUAUUGCAUGAUGGAAACGAUCCAGUAUCUGCAGCAAAUAGAAGAUCUCAAGCAAGAAAUUCAAGAAUUGAAAAGCUCCUCUCGCAAUGACACUAGCCUCUCCUAUGUUGGCGCUGCUGACAAACGCAAUAUCUGGGGCUGCCACACUAUCGAAGGUGACGAAGAUAUGAUGUGCCACUAUCCAGCAGGAGAAUCCGCUUUUCCUGAUGCUAUGGAGCGAGUGGAUUGGAGUGAAGACGAAUCACUCAACACCCGUGAAGAUGAUUUAGAUGAUGAAGAGCAAUUUGAAUCAGUCGCUUCUUCAUUUUUACAACAAGCGUUGCUUUCGGGCUUGACAAGCGCUCGAGUCAACCUUGAAUUAGACGAUAUGACCAUCAAGUAUGAUCCCUCACCACGAACCAUUUUGCGUACAGUCACCACCACUUUUGUCACUUGGAUGGGGCAACGAUUGCAAGUAACGGAAUCAGAAGAAGCUCGAAAAGUCAUGGUCGAUGUCAUCCAAAAAGUUUUUCUCGAUUUCUGGAAAGUCGUCUUACAACAACAUAUCCGCACCGAACACGAUCAACUUGAAUUCCUUUUUGUGGCGGAAGAACAUAUGCUGCAAGGCAAAGUUCCCAACCUCCAACAUCUUGCUGACCAAUAUCAGCGGCUUCUCUUGAUCUUGUACAAAUACGACAUCGUCGAUGGCGAUGCUCUCUUGGCUUGGUGGCGAGGGGCAGCCAGUGAUGCCAAAUUAUCCCAAGCCAUCCGUGAAACGGCUCAAAAGUUCAUCACCUGGAUGGAACAGGACGAAAUCGAUGUGGAUGAAGAUGUCAGCGAUGAAGACAAUGAUGAUAGUGAGGACGACGAAGAAGACCAUGAACUAUAUCCAGAACAUGACGACGACGAGGAAGACAAAACCUCUAUUUUUAGCGACUAUGGUUCGGAUGAUGCUGGUAGUGCAGAUCACGGUAGUCUCAUUCCUGACGACUAUUCUUCCAAUACCGACGAAGAUUUACAUACCAUAGACUACACCGACGUUGCCAACCAGGCGCUUCCAGAAGACAAUAUCUGUGUUUGUUGUUUUGAUGAGCAAGUUAAUAACCAAGCCAUCACAGGACAGUGCACAUCCGAUACGAACUGUACCGAUGUCGCUGUUGACAAAGCAUACAAGGCUAAAAAAUCAGUUCGCAUUGUUGUCUAAAAUGUGAAACUUCUUCGUUCUAAAAAAAAAAAACUUUUUUCCUUCUUGGCUCUACAGCGUUCAACUUUUGCCCUUGUAUAUUCGAACUCUUUCCUUGAAAUUUUCUUUCUUUUUGUACAUUGAAACAAACCCUUCCUACAUAAACCCGUCGAUAUAUAAAAAAAAAAAAAAAAUUUGCUUCCUUCAUGCGAGCGGCGCGAAAGGAGUGGUAGAGGAAAAAAGUGUGCUGCCGUGGUUCUGAGUAUUGCAACAAC